GCGGCCCGACCCCCUCCCCGCCCUCCGCGGCGCGGCGCGGCCCCUCCGCCCUUAUAACGGCGGGGGCGGGGGCGGCGGUACUCGGCUGGCGGCGGCACGCGCAGAUCUUUGAACCCCAGCUGAGUCAUCGCCAACUCAGUUCAAGAUGCCACCAGCCAUCGGAGGCCCUGUGGGAUACACUCCUCCUGAAGGAGGAUGGGGAUGGGCCGUGGUCAUCGGAGCCUUCAUCUCCAUUGGGUUUUCCUAUGCCUUCCCCAAAUCCAUCACAGUGUUCUUCAAAGAGAUUGAGGUCAUCUUCAAUGCAUCCAGCAGCAAAGUCUCAUGGAUCUCUUCCAUCAUGCUGGCUGUCAUGUAUGCAGGAGGUCCCAUCAGCAGCAUCCUGGUGAAUAAAUACGGCAGCCGGCCCAUCAUGAUUGCUGGUGGCUGCCUCUCCGGGUGCGGGUUGAUUGCAGCCUCUUUCUGCAACACAGUGGAGGAGCUCUACUUCUGCGUUGGGGUCGUAGGGGGCCUUGGACUCGCGUUUAACUUGAACCCAGCUUUAACCAUGAUUGGCAAGUACUUCUACAAGAAGCGUCCCCUGGCUAACGGGCUGGCAAUGGCAGGCAGCCCCGUGUUCCUCUCCACCCUGGCGCCCGUGAACCAGCUCUUCUUCGGCAUAUUUGGCUGGCGCGGCAGCUUCCUCAUCCUUGGCGGUCUCUUGCUGAACUGCUGCGUUGCUGGAUCCCUGAUGCGGCCCAUAGGCCCCAAGCCGGAUCAGCUGAAGAAAGAGGCCACCAAGGAGGUGCUGCAGGAAGCUGGGAAGGCAGUGAAAAAGGACGACGGUGACACCAGCACAGACCUCAUCGGCGGGAAGACCAAGGAACAGAAGAGCACACUUUUCCAGACAAUCAACAAGUUCUUGGACUUGUCCCUGUUCACGCACAGGGGCUUCCUGCUCUAUUUGUCAGGCAAUGUGAUCAUGUUCUUUGGGCUGUUCACACCCUUGGUCUUCCUCAGCAAUUAUGCAAAGAGCAAGAAGAUUGCUAACGAGUCUGCAGCCUUCCUGCUCUCCAUCCUGGCCUUCGUAGACAUGGUGGCCAGACCUUCCAUGGGACUGGUGGCAAACACCAAGUGGAUCAGACCCAGAGUCCAGUAUUUCUUUGCCAUCUCUGUGAUUUACAACGGGGUGUGCCACCUCUUGGCCCCCAUGUCCACUACCUAUGCUGGCUUCUGUAUUUAUGCCGGCUUCUUUGGCUUUGCCUUCGGCUGGCUGAGCUCAGUCCUGUUUGAGACCCUGAUGGACCUGGUGGGAGCACAGCGGUUCUCCAGCGCUGUCGGCCUGGUGACCAUUGUGGAGUGCUGCCCUGUGCUUCUGGGACCCCCUCUGCUAGGGAAGCUCAACGACAUGUACGGCGACUACAAGUACACAUACUGGGCCUGCGGGGUUAUCCUCAUCGUCUCUGGGAUCUACCUCUUCAUCGGGAUGGGCAUCAACUACCGCCUGGUGGCAAAGGAGCAGAAGGCGGAGGAGAAGGCAAGGAAUGAAGGGAAGGAGGAGGAGACCAACAUCGAUGAGGCAGAGAAGCAGAAAGAAGCAAACAACGAUGUGGCCCCCUCGCCUCAGAAGAGCGCGGAGGAUGGUGUCAAAGAGGAGGAGAGCCACAUGUGAGGGACUGCUCUCAAUCCCGGAGUGUCGGGGGAAGUGCCGCUGCCCUUGUGCGGCGGCUGGGACAGUGCUCCGCUGGCGCUGGGCGGCCGUGAGAAGUGUUUAAACCAGGUGUUCAUUUUUAACUGGGCUCUGAGUUGCCUUUCUGUGUUCAACAAAGGUAACAGGGCUACACACGCAGUAUCCUCGUGUGUCGGGGGCAGGGGGGCUUUUUAUACUCUGGCUUUUUAACAGUAACAUGAAUGUACUAAUAUGUGCCUUACAGUCUUCAUAUCUAGCUGAAUCUGGACAAGCCUUAACUCUAAGCCGUGCUUUAGCUCUGUAUUCUGCUCGGGGUGGGGAGGGGGAGUGUUUGUGUGUGUUUUGGGGAGUUUUGUUGUUAAAAAGCCAUAAAAAGCAGGAUACUGGAUUUGUUGAAGCACGAUGGGCUUCAGGGCUCGCCCCGGAUGAAUACUGCUUCACAUGCUUCUUACCGCAGGCCCUCCACAGAGGGGAGAUCCGGGCACGGGGCAGGGUGGUCUUUGGCUCCUGUGCCGGGUGCCUCCUGGCUCUGUAGGUGGUCUUUAGGUAUGUUUUGAAAACACUUUAGCUACUGUAGUUCUUUAAAAUCCCUCUUUUGUAGUUGUGUUCUCAUGGGAUAUUUGGGUUGGAGAAAGAUGGCUGUGGUUCAGGUUGGGCAACGUUGCCCGCUCUGGGGCUGUGGCAGCCCCCGUGCGCCCGGCCCCUGCAGCUGAGCCCUCCGUGGGGAGGGUUGGGGUCCCCCCUGCCCCCCAACUCUGCCCUAGUGGCGCCUCUUCUCAGACGGACGCUGGGUGAUGUGAAACGGACGCGCAUGCGGGGCUUGGCUGGCGGUGCUGGGUCAGGGUGCUCGGUGCCCUCGCAGGGCGGGUUUCCACCAGAGCAUCCCUGCGCUGAUCAGUCCCACCCAGACGGGUGUUCCGGGCGCCUGACCCUGGACAGAGUGGUGGGGCCAGUGGAGAUGGUACAUCCCUGAGACAGGCCUUCUGCUUUCGCUCUUAUCUCUUAGAGAAACCUCUUCUACUUGCUUCUGUUCAACUGAGAUCUUAAGGUGGUGGAUGCCUAACCACUCACAUCUAGGACAUGUGGGGGGAGGAAAGAAUUUGUACGUAUUUAUUUUUUAUUUUUUAGUGCUGGAAAAUAUCUCAACAUACGUGGAGCACGUUAAUGGCUCUCAAGUUCUGGUAAAUGUUGAUCAGAAAUAAUGUAAGAAGCUGAGGGGUUGGUUUGUUUGUUCAUGUGUUUGUUUUUCAAAUAAACUUGGGGUUUUUUUUACAAUUUA